AUGGACGACUCUGGGGACAGUCUGCGAUCGCCCUCAGCGAGCAUGAGUUUGAAUGAAGAGGAUGACGAGCCCACCUGGACCUAUCACUUUGAUCCGGAAGAUGCCGGAGAUAUGGACGACAACGAUGAGUACGACCCCGAUUUCCAAGAUGAGCCAGAGGAGGAGGAUGGAGACGAUGACGAGUAUCAUGAUGCCGAGGACGGCGGCGACAGCAACGUAGAAGUGGAGGUGUUCAUGGGUGCUGGGGACGAGGAUGACGAUGAUGCUGAGGAAGGCGGCAUGGCCGCAAAUACAAUAUCGAGGCUCAUGACUCUUAUCACUGGCGCUGCGGGAAACGGAACCGGGUUUCUUACACGGGCCCAAUUACUAGGCCUGAUCCAAAGUGGCGAAGUGACACUGCGCAGUACUCUCGAAGAAGAUGACGACGAUGAAGACAUUGGUUGGGGAAGAAGACGCAGACGGCCUCGCGCAAGGGAGCCGAACCGCUUCCCCAAAGUACCGAGCGAUGAGGGCACAAAGUUAAUGCACUCUGGCGUUUUCGGCGCCAAUGAUUAUCGAGUGACAAAGAAGAAGCAACUGGCGCGCAGGAUAUUGGAUCGUGAGCUCGGCCUAGGCGACAGGCGUGAACGGAAGCAGAACCAAGAUCUCAUGGCUCAGGGCAUGAUACCAUCGACAAACCCCGAAAUGAUCGUGCACUAUGACGACCCUGUGUAUUCUGGCCAGUUCUCCGACGACGGUAAUUUUUUCUACGCCUGCGGUCACGACUUCAAGGUUCGCAUGUACGACACCUCCAAUCCGUAUAAUUGGAAAUAUUACAAAACGGUCAAUUAUCCUUGGGGACAGUGGACACUGACCGACGCAUCCCUGAGUCCCGAUAACCGCUGGCUGGCUUACACGUCAAUCCAAAGCAACGUUUGUCUGGCACCUACGGACCCCAAUGACACGGGAGACCCAUAUACUUUGGAUCUCGCCGAGAGGAGCGCGGGAACUCAACACGCAGGAUGGCGAUCGAGGCACUCCUUUGGAAUUUGGUCCGUGAGGUUUUCAGGAGACGGUCGCGAGCUCGUGGCCGGCACCAAUAUGCAGUCGAUCGUCGUAUACGAUAUUGAGUCGCGCACUGUGUUACAUAACGUCGUCGGCCACGAAGACGACGUGAACGCUGUGUGUUUCGCAGACAAGUCCUCUCCGCACAUUCUCUACUCUGGGUCGGACGACGCUACCAUCAAAGUCUGGGAUCGACGUAGCAUGGGAGACGGGCGGCCAGCUGGCGCUUUCGUGGGCCAUGUGGAAGGCCUCACGUACAUUGACAGCAAAGGUGACGGUCGCUACAUUCUCAGUAACGGCAAAGACCAGACAAUGAAGCUGUGGGAUCUGAGAAUGGUCAUGUCCACGGCUAAGUACGACGAGGUCAACCCGACAAGAUUGACUAGCCACAGUGACUUCGACUACCGAUGGGGUACAUACAGGGACGAGGACUGGUUUCCGCAUCCCAACGAUAACUCGUUGGUGACGUUCCGAGGACAUCGCGUGAUGCGCACGCUGAUUCGGUGCCACUUUUCGCCUCCAUCAAGUACGAACUCGCGUUAUGUUUACUCUGGCAGUCAGGAUGGCAAGGUUUACAUUUGGAACAUGGAUGCCACGCUCGCUGGUACCAUUGAUGUGAGGAAGGCCACCAAGAACUCGCGGCCUUUGGAGCGCCGGUACCGCAUUUACCACGGUGACGACUUCCCGGGGUGGAACACGUGCGUGCGCGACGUGAGCUGGCAUCCUAAUGCGCCAGUCCUUGCUGCAUCCGCGUGGAACGGCUUCAACAUGGCUCACGGAACCUGCACACUGCAUUCGUACAACGAAGCCGAAGAAGACGAAGCGGAGCCUCAGAUGGGCCGGAGUGUCGACGAGAAGCUGCGCCCUGUCGGCGAAGCGUUCCAGAGCUAG